CAUCUGUACAAGUCCCGCUCCCGCGCUCUCCCCGGCGCUCCCCCUCUCCCUUCCUCUGCCUCGCUCCCUCCAUCCCUCCGCGCGCAGGACAGCAGCACGAUCCUGCCAUGGAAAUACACUGAUCCAGGCGGGGGGAGGGGGGGCAAGGCGAGCCGCUCAUCCUUGGGCACUUUCUGCCUCCCUCGCGUUUCGGAUUAUUUUCUGCCCUCCUUCCUGGGAUGGAGGACGCCGCGGUGGCACGGGGCAUUUGGGACGGAGAUGCCAAGACGGUCCAGCAGUGCUUGACUGACAUAUUCACCAGCGUCUACACCACCUGCGACAUCCCGGAAAAUGCCAUCUUCGGGCCUUGCGUGCUGAGCCACACUUCCCUGUACGACAGCAUCGCCUUCAUCGCACUCAAGUCCACGGACAAGAGGACGGUGCCGUACAUAUUCCGGGUGGACACGUCGGCGGCGAACGGCUCCUCGGAAGGGCUCAUGUGGCUCCGGCUGGUGCAGUCGGCCCGCGACAAGGAGGAGCAGAACCUGGAAGCCUACAUAAAAAAUGGACAGUUGUUUUACCGCUCCCUGCGGAGGAUUGCCAAAGACGAGGAGUUACUAGUGUGGUACGGGAAGGAGCUGACGGAGCUGCUGCUGCUCAGCACCGCCAGGCACAGCAAGAUGAACGGCUCGACGCCGUACAGCUGCGCUGAGUGCGGCCAGCGCUUCCAGUUCGAGUUCCCGUUCGCGGCGCACGUGCGGUUCCGCUGCGCCAAGCGCCCGGCGGGCCCCGACGGCGGCCCCGACGCGGGCCGCAAGGACAAGGAGGCGGAGGCGCCCAAGUACGGCAAGCCGCUGGGCGUGCACUACCCGGGACCGCAGGACGGCGGCGGCGGGAAGCCCUCCACGGACUUCCACAACCUGGCGCGGGACCUGGAGAACUCCCCGGGCGGCGGCGCUGCGGCCCCGGGCAAGGCCAAGCGGAAGCUGGCGGAGGAGCGCCUGCCCUCGCCGCCCGCGGAGGAGCUGGCGUGCACGCCGCAGCAGCCGCCGCCGCCCUACCGCGGGCCCUACUGCAGCCUAGACGACGGCGGCCGCCUCUUCGCGCCGCCCAGCCCGGAGCCGGCCGAGGCCAAGCGCAGCGCCUUCGUGGAGGUGGUGAAGAAGACGGCGCGCAGCCCCGACCGGCCGGCAGACGACAAGGAGCGCGGCUCCCCGCCCAGCGGCGCCCGCCUGCGCUUAGACGGCGGCGGCGGCAGCGCCUUCAGCACGCUGCUGGGCGAGGAGCGCAAGAGCGCUUUCUCGCAGCCCGCGCGCUCCUUCGCGCCCCUGCCGCUGCCGCCCAAGCUGGGCGAGCCCUGCCACCCGGCGCAGGAGCCCGGCGGUGCGGGCGGGGGCGCGGCGGGAGGCGCGGCGCGGCUCUACCCCGCCGCCGACCCGCUGGGCGUCAAGCUGCAGGGCGCCGGCGAGAUCAACGGGGCCGCCGCCGCCGCAGCCGCCGCCGCCGCAGCCGCCGCCGCCGCCGUCGGGGGAGGGGGCGGCGGGCUGGGCAAGCAGAGCCCCUUCCUCUACGCCACCGCCUUCUGGCCCAAGGGCUCUGCGGCGGCGGCCGGGCCCCUGCAGCUGCAGCUGCCGUCGGCGCUCACGCUGCUGCCGCCCUCCUUCACAUCGCUGUGCCUGCCGGCGCAGAACUGGUGCGCCAAGUGCAACGCCUCGUUCCGCAUGACGUCCGACCUGGUCUACCACAUGCGCUCGCACCACAAGAAGGAGUACGCGCUCGAGCCGCUCGUCAAGCGCCGCCGCGAGGAGAAGCUCAAGUGCCCCAUCUGCAACGAGUCCUUCCGCGAGCGCCACCACCUCUCCCGCCACAUGACCUCGCACAACUGAGCCCCCCGCCACCCGCACGCCCGUGCACACGCGCAGCCACACACACACAGACCCACCCGCGCGCACACACCCAGAUACACACAUACUCUCCACCCGCACACAAACACCCACACUUCCCGCAUGCCGCACUCAUACAACCCCCCCACACAACAUCCGCAAUGCAUCCCCAGCCGCACCCCACCCGCGCACUUACCCAUCCACACGCACAUCUCCACCCAUACACCACCCCCGCACCGACCCACCCACACACACGCACACAUCCACACCCACCCAGCCACACCCCCACACAUGCAGACUCACCCACCUACAUACACACCACCCCAAUCAUCCACACAGACACACGCACACACAAAUACUCGCCACACACCCAUACCCACAGACUCACCCACCUACACACCCACACGCACACCUCCACUCAUGCACAGCCCCCACACAGCCACCCAACCACAUCCACACAUCCACACCCACCCAUCAGACCCACCCACCUACACUUACACCACCCCAAUGCAUCCACACACAUAUACCCCCACAUACACCCACCCACGCACACACAUCCACACCCACAAAUACUCCCCACGCACCCAUACACAUACAGACCCACCUACCUGUACACACCACCCCAUUCAUCCACACACACACCCCCAUUCACACACACAUCCACCCAUACACACAUCCAUACCCACACAUACAGACCCACCCACCCAUCUAUACACACACACCACUCAUACACACAUCCACCCACCCACACCCACACCUACACACCCUUACACACAGACACCCCCCCAACACACACCACCCCAGUGCAUCCACAUACACCCACACAUAACUCCUGACACCCAUCCACUAGCCCCCCCCCCCUCCCUCCCGCGCGCACACACGCGGUGCAUCGCAGCCGGCAGCUAAGGCUGCCCUCCCCUCUUCCCCCCAGGCAUCACUCGCUAGGCAGAUUUCUUUUCCCCUCCACCAGGAGCCUAAGUCUCCUCAAGCUGAUUUUUUGGCGAUGCCUCACUGCUGCUGCUGCUGCUUGGGUGCGGCCGAUGUGGGACGCGUGGGUGCGGAUCUCCCGCUAUCCCCCCUCUCUCCGGCAUCACUUGGUCUCAGGUGGAACUAGGACACUUUACACCCGCUCAGGGUCCGGCCCCUGAGCCUCGCCGGCGCUGCGGGCCGGCCUGCUGUCCAGGCAGCGCUUCUGCGAGUCUGGGCUCGUGCUGAGGCUUCUCAAAUUGGGCACACGUCGAAGCAUCCGCCCCCCCCCCCCCCCCCCGCCAAAAAAAAAAAAAAAGAGAGAGAGAGAGAGAGAAAGAAAUAGAAAAACCUCUCCUCACUUUGGAAAGUUCAGUCCCUUGCAUACAUUUCCCUGGCCAGACACCAGACUGAGAGGGGCAGGAUUUAUUCUCCCCCUCCCCUCCUUUUCUUUUCUUUUUUGUUUCGAUGCACGCAUUUUCACUUUCCAAAAAAAAAUAAAAAUAAAAAUAAAAGGAAAAUAAAAAGAGAAAAAAGUAAAUGAUUAAAAAAAUACAUUUUAAAAAAUGUCAUAUAUUGCAGCAUAUUGAUGCAUUUGUCAUACGUUUCUACUUAAAUUAUUAAGCACUUAUGGUUUAGAUGUAAUAAUAAUUAUAUGUAAGGGUAAAUUUUUAUUUUAGAUAUAAAGUAAAAAAAAACUGAAGGAGGAUGCAAUGCUUUCUGCAUUAAUUGAUGACAGUUUGUGUUCUUUCCAAAAAAAAACAAAAACAAAACAAAAAGGAAAAAAAAAAGGACUUGAAUCCAUUUGAGUUUCCAAGAGGGAAGUGCAUGUAUCAUGAAAUGAUUAUGGACUUCAGUGCAAAAUGUCAUCGAUUCUGUAAAUAUGUAUUUCCUUUUCAUACAAAGUGUAAUUUUGUGCCAGUGAAAUGAAGUCUGAAUAGUUAUGUGUUUCUUUCAUUUCUUUUCUUUUUUCUCCCCCCUUGAAAAGAUUUAUUAAACUUUAUAGUUUAUCUGGGUAUGUUGGAUGCUUUGACAAUAAAUGACUUUAUUUUCUUCAAAGCA